AUGGGCUCCAACAGACUCACCUACAGGCGCCGACAGCCAUACAACACCAAGAGCAACAAGGUCCGCGUGGUCAAGACUCCAGGUGGCGAGCUGCGAUACCUCCACAUCAAGAAGAAGGGUACUGCCCCAAAAUGCGGUGACUGCGGCACCAAGUUGGCAGGCGUCCCAGCCCUCCGCCCACGCGAGUACGCUCAGAUCUCCAAGCCAAAGAAGUCCGUCUCCCGAUCAUACGGUGGCUCGCGCUGCGCCAACUGCGUCAAGGACCGUGUCACUCGUGCUUUCUUGAUUGAGGAGCAGAAGAUUGUCAAGAAGGUCAUGAAGGAGGCUGAGAAGAAGAACAAGGGUGGACGAUAG